GUGCAAGUAGCAGAGUGGUCCAGGCCCAGUCCCAUCUUCUUCUUCAAGCACACGCGACAAUCUCUCAUUCUCCUAUUCUACAGCCGAAUGUGAAACAAGUAAGCAGCAGCCACAGUCGCCGGAGCCGCCGCCCGCAAUCGGAGGUACCGCCAGUCAGAGACGCCACCGAUUUUCUCUUCUUCCUUUGUACCUGAUGUUUCUUAUUCAUCCACUUCACCGUGCGUCAUACCCACACCAACACCAGCUCCCACGGCCGCACCAACUCUUUCCGGUUAAGUUCUUGUUUUCCUGAACGACCAUUUCACUUCACAAAUUUAUAAAAUGUUGGUGAGGCGUUUCUCACUGAAAUCGCCGUUGAAUUGCGCACUUCCCUCAACCGUAAUCCCGCACUGCUUCUCAAGCUCCAAUGGAAACGACGACGUACAGAAAGUGUUCGGCAUACUCAGCAGCACCUCCACACCGGAACAUCUGAAACAAUCCCUGAAAUCAAGCGGUGUUUUCCUCUCCAAUGAAUUGAUCGAUCAAGUUCUGAAGAGGGUUCGCUUCAGCCAUGGGAACCCCUCCCAAACCCUAGAGUUUUUCCGUUACACCGGAAGAAGAAAAGGUUUUUACCACACCGCGUUUUCCCUGGACACCAUGCUCUACAUCCUCGGAAGAAGCCGCAUGUUUGGUCACGUUUGGGACCUCUUAAUCGAAUGCCGUCGAAAAGACCAAACGGCCAUAACGGCUCGCACCGUUAUGGUCGUGUUGGGAAGAGUUGCAAAAGUGUGUUCCGUUCGACAAACAGUGGACUCGUUUAGAAAGUUCAAGAAGCUGGUGGCUGAGUUUGAUACUAAUUGUUUCAAUGCUCUGUUGAGAACGCUGUGUCAGGAGAAGAGCAUGACGGAUGCUAGAAACGUUUACCAUAGUUUGAAGCAUCAAUUUCGUCCUAAUUUACAGACUUUUAACAUUCUUCUUUCGGGGUGGAAGACCCCUGAGGAUGCUGAAGGGUUCUUCAAGGAGAUGAAGGAAAUGGGAGUAACACCUGAUGUUGUUACAUACAAUAGUUUGGUGGAUGUUUACUGCAAGGGGAGGGAAAUUGAGAAGGCUUAUAAGGUGCUUGAUGAAAUGCGUGACCGGGAUUUGUCGCCGGAUGUGAUCACGUAUACAUGUAUCAUUGGUGGGUUGGGGUUGAUUGGGCAGCCUGAUAAAGCCAGGGAUGUUUUGAAGGAGAUGAAGGAGUAUGGGUGUUACCCUGAUGCUGCAGCCUACAAUGCUGCCAUCAGGAAUUUCUGCAUCGCAAAGAGGCUUGGUGAUGCUUAUGGUUUGGUGGAGGAGAUGGUGAGCAAGGGUUUGAGUCCGAACGCAACUACUUACAAUUUGUUCUUUAGGGUAUUUUACUGGUCCAAUGAUUUGCAUAACUCUUGGAUCAUGUACAACAGGAUGAUGGUUGAGGGGUGCCUUCCGAAUACGCAGUCUUGUAUGUUCUUGAUAAGGUUGUUUAGAAAGUAUGAGAAGGUGGAUAUGGCACUGCAGUUAUGGGGGAACAUGGUGGAAAAGGGUUUUGGGUCCUAUACCUUGGUUUCUGACGUGCUGUUUGACUUGCUUUGUGAUAUGGGGAAGUUGGAAGAAGCAGAGAAGUGCUUCUUGGAGAUGAUUGAGAAGGGGCAGAAACCGAGUAAUGUGUCGUUUAGAAGAAUUAAGGUUCUCAUGGAACUAGCGAAUAGACAUGAGGCCCUUGAGAACUUGACGCAGAAAAUGUCCAUAUUUGGGCGACCACUCCAAUUGCAUCAAAGUUUGGUAUUGCAAAGAUCGUCCUAAUGGAAGCUCAUUCUGAGUUGUCAAUCUCCACAGCUCUGCUCACUGCUGCACUACAUAAGCAGCAUUCAACCUACCAAAUGUUUUCUGGUACGAAUACAGGCUGUUAUAAAAGAAAACUUUACUUAAUUUUAACAACCACUAAAAAAAUUAUUUAAUAAAAUAAAGAAAUUAUUCUUCUGAAAUAUGACAAAAAAAUACAACAAUUUGAAGUCAAGGACCACCAGACCAGAACAUCCAUUCAAAUCAUGAAAACAAAAUGAGACAAUCUAAAACGUCCUUAAAUGAUAAACCUACAUUGAAUGACUAAACUUAAAAGGUCUAAGAAUAAUAGACUUAAAGUAUAAAAGUGAGAAAGUUAAUAUGCUGUAACCAUGAAUUGUUUGACAGACUUAGUCCCUAGCCUUUGUGUGCAUAAGCAACCCGAAUGCGUCUGCCAUCCAGUAUCUGUGAAAGAAUAAGGAGCAAGGUCAAUACAUAACAAUGUUGGGUGACAUAAAAGCAAACUUCUUGAGCUAAUAAGUCCGCAUAUUUUUAAA